CCGGAUUGAGUCCGGAUGAGCAAAACGCAGAAGAGACGUCACACAAAUAGUGAUUUUACUCCAUUUUAGCGUUGAAAUAUUAGUGUUUUGUUGCUCAGAGUAUUGAAAAAAGACCAUGUGAAUAUGUAUCCACAGAAAAUUCAGCGUGCAAAACUUGUCAAACAGCCAAAUAUUGGACCUGCAAUGACUCGGAAAGACAUAAAGUAAGGGAAUUUAGUUUUAUUUUUCACCGCUAGGUUUACGCUCUUGAAUUUGAUUGGUCGACGUUGAACAGGCUCCAAAAUUUGAAACAACAGAGGAAGUGAAAAUAUCGAUAUAAAAUCACAAAAUACAGGCAAUAUGAGCAGACAGAGAGGUAAAACACCUCGUAAGACAAAUAAAAGACCAUCUCAGACUGACCCUGUUGAGGUGUAUUGCAGAAUAAGACCCUUGAGCAAUGAUAAUGAAGAGGUCUGCGUCAAGGCACUCAGCACAAAUGUUGUGCAGCUCUGUCCCACAGAGGCAUCACAUGCUUACAAGAUGGGUAACAUCAAGGAGACUCAGUACACAUUCCAGUAUGUGUUCGACAAAUACACAAGCCAGAAGGCAAUGUUUGACCAUACAGCCUUACCCCUAGUUGAAGAUGUCCUGAAAGGAAAAAAUGGCCUACUAUUUGCUUAUGGUAUCACUAGUUCGGGUAAAACACACACAAUGACAGGGCAUCCACACGAUCAGGGUAUUUUACCCCGCUGCCUUGAUGUUCUUUUUAACAGUCUUGAAGAGCAGCAGACAAAGAAAUAUGUUUUCAAGCCAGAUAAGAUGAAUGGUUUUGAUGUACAGUCUGAGGCAGAUGCUAUGGUUGAGAGACAGCGUAGAGAUCUCAUGCCAAAACUAAUGAAGACCCCACAGACACCAAGAUCCAAGGACAAAGGUGCCUUCUGUGACUCCGGUCGUGUUAAGGAUCCCUCCAGAGUUGAUGGUGUAGAAGAGGAUAACAAUUAUGCUGUGUUCGUCUCUUACAUUGAGAUCUAUAACAACUAUGUCUAUGAUCUACUGGAGGAUCUCACAUAUGAUCCCAUCACAGGGCUCAAGGCUCCUACAUCCAAGAACCUGAGGGAAGACAGCGAUCAUAACAUGUACGUCAGCAGUGCAGUGGAGGUAGAAGUGAAGAGUUCAGAAGAGGCACUUGAAGUGCUAUGGAAAGGUCAGAAGAGACGUAAGGUUGCCCACACAGCCCUGAACACUGAAUCCAGUAGAAGCCACAGUGUGUUCAACAUUAGACUAGUCCAGGCACCUCUAGACCCCCUUGGAGAGGAAGUGUAUCAGGAUAAAGACAAGAUCUGUGUGAGUCAGCUGUCACUGGUAGAUCUGGCGGGAAGUGAGAGAACAAACAGAACCAACAAUGAAGGAAGUCGUCUUCGGGAGGCGGGAAAUAUCAACCAAUCACUGAUGGUGCUACGAACUUGUAUCGAGCUACUCCGAGAAAACCAGAAGUUUGGUUCAAAUAAGAUGGUGCCAUAUCGGGACUCCAGAUUGACCCACCUGUUCAAGAACUACUUUGAUGGUGAAGGCAAAGUCAGGAUGGUUGUGUGUGUUAACCCUGCUGGAGCUGAAUAUGAUGAGACAGUUCAUGUGAUGAGGUUUGCCGAGUUGACGCAAGAGGUACAGAUUGCUAGGCCACAACAGGUUAGGUUUGACAUCGGUCUCACCCCAGGACGUCGACGUAUGAACCAACAGUACAAAGAGAAACUUGCUAAGAUGAAAGAAGAUGGACUGGAGAUUCCAACCCCAGAGAGAAUGUACAGUAUGGGACCACCUUUCCCACUAAUGGAGCUAUUUGAAGCACAUGAUAACGCUACUCUGCUUCAACUGGCACAGUUCCUGCAUGAUCGGGAAAAACGAAGAGCAUCACUUGUUCCAGAUCUGGAUACUAAACAGGACCAGUUCAGGAAUCAGCUGAUGGAGAUAGAAGAAGAGAAUGUCAAGCUAAAGGGAAGACUACAACAGUUGGAAUCCAUGCUAGGAGACAAGGACACUGAGAUAACAAGGGUGGGGCGCAGGAUACGUACCUUGGAGAAAGAGAACAGGCAAUUACAGUCAACAGCUCAUGCUUAUGAACAAGAGAGACGAGAACUCAAUUAUGAGGUGUCUGAGAAAGACAGUAAGCUGACACAACUGAGAGACAAAAGGCAAAAGAUGAGAAAUCAGUUUGAGUACCAAAUGCAGGUCAACAAUCAACAGUGGCACAAAAACAUGACUGCUGAAAAGAACAAGAUUGCUAUGGAAGCGGCACAGGAGAUAGCUGAAAAAGAACAAAAACUUGAACUCUUGAAGUCUAUAGUUAAUAACCAGGCCCCAUUGUCAUCAGGCUCUGGUUCACAAUACUCAUCUACGCCACCAAUCACUCCAAAACCUCGUCCAAGGACUCAGACCAUUUCUACUACGUCUAGUGCCAAACCAAAGUCAAGGUAUAUUCCCCCAGCUCGUUCAGAGCCAGAUCUGAGUAUAGUACAAGGAGGCACCCAGUAUGGACCCAAGCCUGCAAUUAGGGGUAGACCAACCACAAGAGACACACACACCAGGAGAGGUGCAUCCCCUCCAGCUGUUAAACCUAAACCAGUUGUGAAUCCUCGUUACCACAGAAGGUCACGAUCCUCUCAUGCUGAUAUCUGGAUAGACCACCAAUCCAAAGGCACAGUUGAAACAGGUACAAUCCUUCAACCAACUCUGAAGAAGAAGAAAUCUGUGAGCAAACUUGAGGUCGCUGACACUAAAGAGGCCACUAGAUAUAUGUUGACCCACCAGACAGCUGAUAGUGAUGGUGAUGUAGCCACUAAUCUCAUCAAGGGUGAUAUCAUCCCUACAGCUACUGGAGGCUCAGCUGUCAUCUUUAAAGAUGUAGAGACACUCAAACAGACCUCACCUGGGGAAAGAAAGCGCAAGUCAAAGGAGCAAAAACCAGAAGAGAAUGAUGGAGAGUGGACAGAUGUUGAGACCAGGUGUAGGCAGGGAAUUGGCAACUUCCUAUCAUCAAAGAAAAGUAAAGGGUCAAGAGUGUGAUGAGACCAGCUAGGCUAGGAUAGAUCUAGUAAACAUAAAAUGCUUAUAUAAAAUAAGGUGAUGGUGCAACCACAAAACAACAACCACUAUCUCCUAGUCUUCACAGUUCAGUGCCAUUAGAUUCUAAUCAGCUGGAAUUCAUCCAUCUUCUACUACUGCUGCAGAGUACUAGUAUAUAUGCAGGUGCAAGUUUCAAACGCAUGCACAAAUCUAGAUACAAUUCAUCAUUGAAGGAACAGUCCUGAUUUAUUGGAGAUCAAAUUUCUUCUACAGGUUAUAAUUCAGCGGCAUAAUGGAAGACCUUGAUAUCUGGAGAUACAGACGAUUUUGAUUCAUACUUUAAAAACAAUGAAAUAUAAAUUCUAAAUUAGUGAAUAACCAGCUGGAUAAAAUCAAAUGAGAACAAAUGGGGAUACAGAUUUGAGUAGAAAAUCAUGUACAGCAGACACAUACAACAUGAUCAAUGGAGAAUUUUGGACAACAUAAUACGACCAUUUAAUAGACAUCAACACACAACUUGGAACUUGGCAGAUUUGUCUGGUGUUUAUAGAAGGAUUAGCUCUAGAGGCCUAGACAUAGUUAUUGCAUUCAACUGAAAAUGUAUGGUGCUCCACAUCAUGAAUUUAUGAUCUGGGAAGACCAUCAUUGGUACUUGGAAUUGGAAAUUUUGUGAAUUAUGACUCCUGUAUUUUGAUUUCAAUCUUUUUACAUUGCAACUAUCACAAUGUUGUAAUGAAAUUAUAUCUCGUUAUUUGGAGCACCAAACAUUCUUCUGUGAACUUGAGAUAACUGGCAAGAUUUUGUAUAUAAGUGAACUUAAUAGAAUUGCCAUUUGCCACCAGGAAUAAGCAAGGGUCCAAUAUUGUGGAGUACUAACUACAAAACUAGAACUGGCAAUCAUGAAUUUUAACACAUAUUUAUUGGAAUCAUGAAAGGUGCCAGAGACUUAAGGAGAAAGUCGAGCUAUUAUAAACUGUGCGUGCAGAGAAGAGCACCGAUUUUAUAUACAAUGUAUAGUAGUUAGUUGUAGGUUUAGUUUUAUAAUGUUAAUUUGUGGCGCUUAUUGUAUGUAUGUAUGAAUGAGUGAAUGUGAUUUUAAGGAGACUGGUCAAUUAUACUUAUCAAAUCAAGAAAAUCCUUACACUUGCAGUAAAUGAAUAUAAUUUUCAAAGCAAAUCCAAAAAUGCAAUAUUUGCAUUCAACCAAUAUCGGAAUAUGUUGAGAGAGAAGUGUUUUGAUUGUCAUUGUGAGAAGCCUGUUGAUUGUCAUUGUGGAAAUGUGUUGAUUGUCAUUGUAGCACAUGUGUGUUUUUGGCCAUCCGAUACUUCUCUUUAAAUGGCUCAUCUAUGCCAGAUGUCAUUUUGAAUUAUUUUUACAAAAUGUGCUUCAAUAACCAACUGUAAAUACAUAGCUAGUCACAGUGAUUGCAGAUGUUAUUUUUAUGCCCAUCAGAAUUUUUAAUGUGUUCAAUCCGUUCAAAGUUCACACCUAAUAUUCCCAAAGUUGACCAAAUCAAUUUAUAAUUAGUCACUUCGUUAAAUUUAUCCAGUGUGUUCAUGGAUUCUGUUGUGCUCCAAUAUUUACAAGUUUCCAUCCUCCAGGUGCAGGGAUCCAGAUGUCCUCUACCAAGUUCCUUUUUAUAGGUGGAAAACCUAGAUCUCUACAAAUGGAGGAUGAUUUUGUGCUCAAACAAAAUUGUACCAAGUAAUGUUCAAUUUAGACAUCAGAAUUCAAGGUCAGGUUUUCAGAAGAACUUCAUGUGGAUUUCUUCAUGUGAACUUCAUAAGUUAUUAUGGAAACACUUUUGUUCACUU